AUGGCUGUGGUCAUCCGUUUGCAAGGUCUCCCAAUUGUGGCAGGGACCGUGGACAUUCGCCACCUCUUCUCUGGAUUGACCAUCCCUGAUGGGGGUGUGCAUAUUGUGGGGGGUGAACUGGGUGAGGCUUUCAUCAUUUUUGCCACUGAUGAAGAUGCAAGGCUUGGUAUGAUGCACACAGGUGGUACAAGUAAAGGGUCAAAAGGAACACUAUUGUGGAGUAAAGCGGAAAUGCAGAAUAUGAUUGAACUGAGUCGUAGGCGUUUUGAAACUGCCAACUUAGAUAUACCACCAGCAAAUCCUAGUAGAUCAGGACGGCCACCUAGUUCAGGAAUGAGUGGCAGGGUAAACUUGCCUACAACAGUACCCAACUUUAAUAAUCCUUCGCCAGUUACUGCCACCACUUCUGCUCAUGAAAGCAACAAAAGUAUACAGACAUUUUCCACAGCCAGCAUAGGAACGGCUCCUCCAAAUAUGGGGGCUUCCUUUGGGAGCCCAGCAUUUAGUUCAACCGUUCCAAGCACAGCCUCCCCAAUGAACACAGUCCCACCACCACCAAUUCCUCCAAUCCCAGCGAUGCCAUCUUUGCCACCAAUGCCGUCCAUUCCCCAAAUACCACUUCCUCCUCCAGUACCUGCAUUACCUCCCAUGCCUCCUGUGCCUCCAAUUCCCCCAGUCCCUUCUGUGCCACCCAUGACCCCAUUGCCACCCAUGUCUGGCAUGCCGCCACCUGUGGCACCUCUACCUGCUGGAAUGAAUGGCUCUGGAACACCUGUGAAUCUGAACAAUAACCUGAACCCUAUGUUUCUGGGUCCAUUGAAUCCUGUUAAUCCUAUCCAGGUGAACUCUCAAAGCAGUGUAAAGCCACUUCCCAUCAACCCUGAUGAUCUGUAUGUCAGUGUACAUGGAAUGCCCUUUUCUGCAAUGGAAAAUAAUAUUAGAGAUUUUUUCCAUGGGCUUCGUGUUGAUGGAGUGCAUUUGUUGAAAGAUCAUGUAGGUCGAAAUAAUGGGAAUGGAUUGGUUAAGUUUCUUUCCCCUCAAGAUACCUUUGAAGCUUUGAAAAGAAACAGAAUGCUAAUGAUUCAACGCUAUGUGGAAAUUAGCCCUUUCACAAAGAGACUGUGGGUAGCUGUUGGACACCAUAUCACUUUUAAGCAAAGUAUGGGACCUUCUGGACAAACCCAUCCCCCUCCUCAGACUCUUCCUGGGUCAAAGUCGCCCAGUGGGCAGAAAAGGUCAAGGUCAAGAUCACCACAUGAGGCUGGUUUUUGUGUUUACUUGAAAGGGCUACCAUUUGAAGGAAACAAAUAUGUUAUUGAUUUUUUUUAAAAGUUGGAUAUUGUGGAAGAUAGUAUUUAUAUAGCUUAUGGACCCAAUGGGAAAGCAUCUGGUGAAGGCUUCAUAGAAUUCAGGAAUGAGCUUGACUAUAAGGCUGCUCUGCGUCGUCAUAAGCAAUACACAGGCAAUCGGUUUAUUCAAGUUCAUCCAAUUACUAAAAAAGGUAUGCUAGAAAAGAUAGAUGUGAUUUGUAAAAGACUGCAGAACUUCAGCUACGACCAGAGGGAAAUGAUGUUAAAUCCAGAGGGGGAUGUCAACUAUGCCAAAGUCUGUACCCACAUAACCAAUAUUCCAUUCAGCAUUAUCAAGAUGGAUGUUCUUCAGUUCUUAGAAGGAAUCCCAGUGGAUGAAAAUGCUGUACAUGUUCUUGUUGAUAACAGUGGGCAAGGUCUAGAACAGGCAGUGGUUCUUAAAAAAGAAGAUGAUGCACGUAAGUCUGAACGCUUACACCAUAAAAAACUUAAUGGGAGAGAAGCUUUUGUUCAUGUAGUUACACUAGAAGAUAUGAGAGAGAUCGAGAAAAAUCCCCCUGCCCAAGGAAAAAAGGGGUUAAAGAUGUUUCUGCCAGGUAAUCCUGCAGUACCGGGAAUGCCUGGCCUGGGAAUGCCCGGUGCGGGAAUGCCCAGUGCAGGAGGUAAAGAGCAUGCCUUCCCUACUGUAGGAUCAAAGGAGGCCAACAAUGGGCCUCCAUUUAACUUUCCUGGUAAUUUUGGUGUGUCAAAUGCCUUUGUGCCAUCCCUCCUUCCUCCAGGAUUAGGAGGGGCCUUUGGUGAUGGUAGGCCUGGUAUGCCUUCAGUUGGAAACAGUGGUUUGCCUGGUCUAGGACUGGAUGUUCCAGCUUUCGGAGGUGGACCAAAUAAUUUAAGUGGGCCAUCAGGACAUGGAGGGGGCCCUCGGAAUUUUGGAAAUGGCCCUGGUAGCUUAGGUGGCACCCCUGGGUUUGGAAGUGGCCCUCCUGGUCUUGGAAGUGCCCUGGGGCAUUUGAGUGGGCUGCCAGCCUUUGGGCCUGGGCCUAGACCUGGGCCUGGGCUAGUCCAUAUUGGUGGUCCCCCUGGCUUUGGAUCUAGUUCUGGAAAACCAGGAUCAACAAUAAUUAAAGUGCAGAACAUGCCCUUUACUGUGUCUAUUGAUGAGAUUUUAGAUUUCUUUUAUGGCUAUCAAGUAAUUCCAGGCUCGGUGUGUUUAAAAUACAAUGAAAAAGGUAUGCCUACAGGCAAAACCAUGGUGGCCUUUGAAUCUCAGGAUGAAGCCACAGCUGCUGUCAUUGACUUAAAUGACAGGCCUAAAGGCUCAAGAAAAGUAAAACUUGUAUUAGGGUAG